ACUAGAAACCAGCUCCGGAACAGUGCGCCGCGCUUCUCAUAUAAUAAUAAUAAUAGAGCCCAAGACAAACGAUUGUGAACAGAGGAGGAGUUUGAAUUUGAAUUAACGGAGACCUGCAUUGAAUCCCGGAACAGGGUCGGGUGAAGAGAGAGCGGCAGAAUUUUGGGGAUUCUAUUAAUUUGAUGCUCCUUUUCCAAUCCCCUAUCGUUAUCACUGAUUCUUUGUUUUUUCAGAAGCUCUCCUGGUUCCGUCUUUUCUCUCUCUUAGUCGUUUCUCUCUCUUGGGAUUCUUCUUCUUCUCUUUCUUUCUCUGAUUUUUGUUUAAAGAGCUGAGUCUCUCUAAAGGUGACCUUUCCUUUUGGAAAGGGGAUAUGGCAUUGGUUACCAGUGAUGCGUUACCGUCACACUCUUGGGUUUUGCAACAAUCCAAGGCAUGGAAGGAAGCCCAUGGUUCAAAGAGUCGAUGGUCUGAUAGCUCGAAUUUUGCGUGGCCUGGCAACAUUCAAUCAAUGGUUGAGUUCCAGAAGAAGGUGAUGGACUUUAGGGAUGUCAUGGAUCUUCCACCUCGCAAUGGCUCUACUCCCUUAAACGAGUUAUUGAUUAUGACAGUGGAAGACCUGUACAAUUUGUAUCCAAGACAUGUAUAUCGUGAUUCCACAUUUGAGAAACCAACACCCAUUCAUCAGGUGUUAGGACAUGUCUUCGAGGCCUUGAGGUCUGUUGAGAAGUGUUGGGCAGAGACAAACCCCCAAUAUAGAGCUAAAGACGAUGUCUUGACUACUGAGAAUCUCACUGUGGAUCAACUAAGCGAGAGAAUUUCGCAUAAAAUGGAUUUCAUGAGUGUCAGUGCAAAGGACAUUUUCGACCUGAUGGAAGAAGACGAUUCAAAGAAGGUCUCAAGGGUUCCCUCUUGGAGAAUGGUAGGCAUUGGACACUCCUACUCUGAUGGAAAAACCUCCUGUGAUUCUCCUAGGACACCCACCUCAGUCCUACCUGAAACAACCCAAUAUUCAGUUAAUUUGGGGCAGAUUUUGAACUCCUGUGCAUCCCCACCUAUGCUUUUGCCUCUAAGACUUGAAGCUGUGGGCAAGCUCAAGCCCAUUGAUGUGAAGAGGCUCUCUUUCCAUAUGUUUCCCCUUGCCCAAGAUCACAACUUAACCCAUGACUCCAAGAAGAAAGAGGAAAACAAUUCCCCAGACAUGGAAAUGGAGACUGAUAAUAACCAAGUGAAGAGCCUUGCUGUCCCUUUGAAAACCCAAGUUCCACCACCACCACCAACACCGCCAUCAACUCCUAUGAAGGUGGGCCCUACUCCCCCUCCACCACCACCACCAUUGUGCUCACCAAAAUUGGGACCCUCCCACCCACCACCACCAUCCCCAUUGAUCACAUCGAAAGCUGGGCUUGCGCCCCCACCACCCCCUCCGAUCCCAUUGAAGUCCGGAGCUGCACCUCCACCCCCUCCUCCACUGGGCGUUUUAAAGGCCCUUCGACCUAAGAAAAACAAUACCAAACUGAGGAGAUCAACCCAAAUCAGUAACCUGUAUAGGCUACUCAAAGGCAAGGUGGAAGGAGUGGGUCGAGAUGCGAAGGCAUCUCACGCUCGCAAGUCUCAUCAAUCGGCUGACAAGAAACAGGGUAUGGCUGCUGCACUUGCUGAGAUUACAAAGAGGUCGGCCUAUUUCAAGCAAAUAGAGGAGGAUGUGGAGAAGCAUGCAACUUCUAUAAUAGAGAUGAAAUCGGCUAUUGAAUCUUUCCAAGGAAAAGACAUGGGACAGUUGGUGAAGUUUCAUCAGUAUGUGGAGCUUCAUCUUGAGGACUUAACUGAUGAAACCCAGGUGUUGGCAAGGUUUGAAGGAUUCCCCACCAAGAAGUUGGAGACACUAAGGACUGCAUCAGCUUUAUAUUCAAGGCUCAAUUCCAUUGCAACCAGCCUUGAGAGCUGGGAACCUGUGGCUCCAACAGCUCGUCAGCUCGAUAGGGUUGAAAGCUUCUUUAACAAGAUCAAAGUAGAAGUGGAUGCAGUGGAACGAAGUAAGGAUGAGGAUUCCAAGCGUUUCCAGAGCAAUAACAUCACCUUUGACUUCAAUGUUCUUCUUCGGAUCAAGGAGUCAAUGGUGGAUGUUUCUUCCAACUGCAUAGAGAUGGCAUUGAAAGAAAGUGAAGAAGCAAAAGCAGCAAUCUCUGCAGGGCUAAAGGAUGCUGAAAAUCGAAUUAAGUCCUCUUCUCAAAUGCUUUGGAGGGCUUUCCAAUUGGCCUUUCGGGUGUACCAAUUCGCUGGUGGGCAGGAUGACCGUGCAGAGGAGCUGACUGGUAAGCUGGCCAAGGAAAUUGAGAGCUACCCUCCCCAAUGACUGAAAGUAGAUCAGAAGAGGGGGAAUUGAUUUAGUUAGAACUUCUAAAAGUUAUUUUUUCUGGUGUUGCAUUAAAUAUAUGCUCAUUGAUUGGUUGUCUUCAAUUCUCCAUAAAGCAAGACCCUAUUGCUAUGAGAAUUAUGCUCGAUCCUCUCGGGUUCUCUUCCAUAUAUGCUAUGUAUAUUGUCUACAUCCUCAUCUUUCUUAGCUAAGAGACGAAGGUUGUAUGUGCGGUUAUGGUAUAUUGGUGUGCGUUGUCUUGGUCUCAUAGACGUUAAAUUGUUCAGCAUGAGUUCUGUCUUGGUCUGAUAGACAUGUAAUGUUGUUCUCCAUAUAACUAUGAAGGGUUCAGAAGCUAUUAUAUCAGAUGGCUUCUUUAUUAUUAGUUGAUGAGUUCUCAUUC